UUUGGUGAACUUAGGUGCUUGGUUAACAAGAAAUACUUGAUCGCUGGUGGCGGCGCUCCAGAAAUUGACAUGUCACUUCGACUGGCUGCGUGGGCGAAGGAGCUCAGAGGAAUGGAGAGCUACUGCAUUAAGGAGUUUGCUGAAGCUCUUGAGAUCGUCCCCUACACAUUAGCUGAGAAUGCUGGGCUCAACCCCAUUUUUAUUGUGACCGAGCUGCGGAACCGACAUGCCAAAGGUGAAACCAAUGCCGGCAUAAAUGUGAGGAAGGGCCAAAUCACAAAUAUUCUGGAGGAAAAUGUGGUUCAGCCACUUCUGGUCAGCACCAGUGCUGUAACUCUUGCGAUUGAAUGUGUGAGGAUGAUUCUAAAGAUUGAUGAUAUAGUUACUGUCAGGUAGAUUGAAUUGUUGUGUUCUAGUUUCAUGGCUGGUUGUAGUGAGGAGGAAUCUUAUGUUAUUGUGUUUUUUUUGGUGAGACCUGCAGGUUGGGGGUGAACUGUGUUUCAAUCAACUUUGUGUUCUUAACUUUUUUUGUUUUGUUUCUGGAUUGAAAAUUUUUAA